ACUACAUUUCCAUUCCCACAGUGUUAUUGUUUUCAAUUGUAUAUUUGUUUGGAAAAAAUGGACUUUCUUAUUCUUUCUUUAUUCUUUCUUUUCAAAAUAUAAUUUCAAUUUAAAAAUUUAAAUUAUUAAAUAAAUUUUUUUAAAAAAUAAUUACUCACCCAGAUCUAUAACUACUUUGUAUAAUGAGAUUAGAACUCAUGAAUUUUCCGUCAUCACGGUUUUAAUACGGAUUUAAAGAAUAAUUUUAUAUUAAAUAUGACAAACAUUAUUUUUACAGCGAGGUGGCAAAGGUUCACAAUGGUGCAUUCUUGACCGAUUUAUAUGAUGCAAAAGAAUUUUGCUAACCUCUUCAUGCAUAUAAAGCAAUUUGUUUCCUCUUGUGUCAAUUCAAAACAGUGGAUACAUGGCCCCAGAGUAUGCUAUGGCGGGACUUUUUUCUGUAAAAUCAGAUAUUUUCAGUUUUGGAGUGUUGCUGUUAGAGAUACUCAGUGGAAAAAAAAACGUUGGCUUUCAUCUCUUAGAAGAAGGCGAAAGCCUUCUCACUUUUGCAUGGAAACUGUGGUCUGAUGGUCAAGGACUGGAAUUGAUGGACCCUAUGCUAGAGAAAUCAAGCGUGGCAACUGAGGUGCUGAGAUGCAUCCACAUUGGGCUGCUCUGCGUGCAAGAUGAUCCAGCAGAUAGACCCACAAUGUCAUCUGUGCUUCAUAUGUUGGCAAGUGAUACCAUAGCACUCCCUAUCCCUAAACAACCUGCAUUUUCUAUCGGCCGAUUUGUUGCCAUGGAAGGUCAGUCCUCAAAUCAGAAAGUAUGUUCUAGCAAUGAAUUAACCAUUUCUGUUUUAUCACCACGGUGACUGUAAAUUAAGUUUUAAAUUUAAGAGAAUGAAGUUGUAGCUCCUUCGACUG